UUCCAGUAAAGAAACUAUCAUUAGAAGAAGAGUGUGUCGCUGUACACUGACAUAUGGACAAACUGUGCGUGUCUUGUUAAAAGUAUCCGAGCAACAGAAGGAAAAUGACGAAUAAACGGCGUCUUUGUCACCGUCGUCAGAGUAACUGUCCGUGAGCGCGUGCUUCUGACGGAGCCGGAAGAAACGCAGCGGACUUCCGCUAACUUACAGCUAACAGCUAGCACAGCUAACAGCCGUGAUGGCGCAGGCCGGAGCUCACCUGACCUCCACUGCUGUGAACGAGCAGCCGUCGGUGUUUGAGGUGCUGGCACAGGAGUCUCUGAUGGAGGCGCUCAAACCUGCACUGAAACACGCCGUCAAGGUUCUGGCAGAGUCCAACCCGUCGUGUUUUGGUUUGCUGUGGCGCCGCUUUGAUGAACUGUACCUGCUGCUGGACCUCGUCCUCCAGAACCACUUCCUGUCUCACUGUAGCGCCUCCUUCUCCGAGAACUUCUACGGCCUGAAAAGAGUUUCCGGAGGACGGGGGGUUCCUCUCCGCCUGGGGCUGCACAGGAAGUCACACUGGCGAUCCCUCCUGCUUCUGUGCGUGGUGCCGUACCUGCGGGCAAAGCUGGAAGCGACGCUGGCAAAGCAGAGGGACGAGGAGGACUUCUCCAUCCAGUUAGCACGCAGCAGGUGUCAGAGGCUGUACAGAGCAGCUGUGGCAGCGUUCCCUUAUGUCAGCACAGCCUGGCAGGCCUGGAUCUUCUGCCAGCAGCUGCUCUAUGUCUUUGGGGUCGCCAAGACCCAUAGUCCUCUGCUGUGGCUCGCCAGGGUGAGACUGGCACGACUUAACGCCCAAGAUAUCAGAGACAUGGAGCUGAAGAGCAGUCACACUGUCGACCUCAUUGACAAGAGUCUGCCACAGAGAGCCUGGUGGAUGAUGUCACAAGCAGCGAGGGGCGUGGCCGUCUCUCUCUCGUCCUCCCUCUCCCUGGGCGUCUUCUUCCUGCAGUUUCUGGACUGGUGGUACUCCUCCGACAACCAGAGCACCAUGAAGAGCCUCACCUCGCUGCCCGCUCCUCCGCCUCCCCUCCACCUGCAGGAGGAAGGUGGCGGCUGCAGAGACAAAGAGGCGGAGCCGGGCUCUGCCAACAGGAGCUGUUAUCUGUGUCGGAGGCCGUGCACUAACGCGACGGUGCUGUCCACGUCGGGCUUCGUCUUCUGUUACCGCUGCGUCUACGUGUACAUCAAAGCCAACCGCCACUGCCCGGUCACUGGGUAUCCCACUGAACUGCAGCACCUCAUCAAGAUUUACUCACCGGAGAGUUAAGACCAGUGUGAUGUCAUCAGUGCACUCACUGUCAACAUCAUCAUUGUGAAGAAUCAGGAACUUUGUAUAUAAGACUCAUUGAGCUAAUUGACAUGUAAAAAUGAAAAUUCUAUUUUAUAAUAAAUAAUUUA